AUGCUCUCACGUGUUGCUGCAGUGGAGGCACCCCGCACAGACUACCGUCGCCGCGUGGCCGGAUCCAGCGGGAGGAGGAGGGAAGGAAGAGAGAGUGAGCCGCAGAGGCCCAAAAUGUCCCGGCACCUCCUCUACUCUGCGGUACUGCCCCUCCUUUUUAUGAUGAUGUGCUGCUGCACUUGUGGAGCUGCGGCCGCUGGUGAGGCGGCGCCAGCUGCGAAAUUUUUAAAUGGGAAACGUUUUUUUUGGAGAGAAAAGAAUGACGAGGAAACGGUGAGUUCGCUCCGUGCUCCAAGCCUCGUUGAGAUGAACGGAAAAGUGUUUGCCGUUGCCGAGGCGCAGUGCAAGAAGGGUGAAGACACCUUUACUGGCAUUGCAUCCCAACUUCUCAAACAAGGAAGUGGUGUCGGAAAGGAGGGAGUUCUGAAGGAUGCCAACACGAAGACAAAAGUACUGGAGGAAGGCGCUUCCGAAAAAAAGGAGAAAGUUGAUGUGAGCCGACCAACAACAGUCGUGCAGGGAAAUGGUGUUUACAUGCUCGUUGGGAAAUGCAGCCGGGCAGCUGCCACUGAUGAUCAGGAGAGUGGAGCGGAUGACUCGGGGCUAUUGCUGGUGAAAGGGGACGUCAAUGGUGAUGAAAGUAACGAGCAAAUUAACUGGGAGGAUCCUAAAUGUCUCCCGCGACGUCUUUUUGGCACACAACACGAGUGUUUGACACAGCUCAUUGGCAGCGGCGGAUCGGGUGUGAAGAUGAAGGACGGUACACUUGUGUUCCCAGCGGAAGCCAAGAAAAAGCAGAAGGACGCUGACACAGAAAAGGAAGGAAAGACCGUUUCGCUCAUCAUAUACACCUUGAAGGAUAACGCUGCGAGUUGGAAGCUGUCAAAGGGAAUGUCUGACGACGGCUGCAGUGAUCCCUCCGUCGUGGAGUGGAAGGACGAUAAACUCAUGAUGAUGACUGCGUGUGAUGACGGCCGCCGCAGGGUGUACGAGUCCGGUGACAAGGGGGAUCCGUGGACGGAGGCGCUCGGGACACUCUCGCGCGUGUGGAGCAGCCCAAAGGACGGAGAAGGGAAGGCCGUCAGAAGCGGGUUCAUCACAGCGAAGAUUGAGGACAGGGACGUGAUGCUCGUUACUCUGCCAGUGUAUUCGAGUUGGAACGGGGAAGAGAAUGGAAAGGGUGAACUCCAUCUUUGGCUGACGGACAACACGCACAUUAUUGAUAUUGGGCCGGUAUCCGAGGAAGAUGAAGAAGAGAUUAUCGCCAGCUCCCUGUUGUACAAAAGUGAUAAAGGUAAUAAUGAGAAGGAGGAGUUGAUUGCACUGUACGAGAGGAAGAAGGGCGAUGGGAAACCAUCGUCGUACGGUAUGGUCUCUGUGCUUCUGACUGAGCAGCUGAAGCGGGUGAAGGAGGUGCUGGCGACGUGGAAGGAAGUGGACGAAAUUGUCUCCAAACUGUGCCCUUCUGGGAGUACUGAGAAGAGUGCCUCAACUGACAAUGCCUGCAGCGCUGUGAGGAUCACGGAUGGGCUGGUUGGCUUUUUGUCCGGCAACUUCUCUAAUAAGACAUGGAGGGACGAGUACCUCGGGGUGAACGCCACAGUAAAGGGGAGUGCAACAGGAGUAACAAAGACUUCCGAUGGCGUGAAGUUCCAGGGAGCGUGGGCGGAGUGGCCUGUUGGCGCGCAGGGGGAGAAUCAGCUGUACCACUUUGCGAACCACAACUUCACUCUUGUGGCGACGGUGUCCAUCGACAACGUGCCGGAGGAAUUUAGUCCCAUUUCUGUGAUGGGUAUGAAGAUGAAUGGUGCUGAGAAUACAGUACUCCUGAGACUGUCGUACAACAGCGGAGUUAAGUGGAAAUUGUCUUGCGGUGGCGAAACGCUUAAUGAGCUCAGCAGUACUUGGGAGUCAGAGGAAACACACCAAUUGGCUAUCGUGCUACAGAACGGCACCCAUGGCUCCGCGUACGUUGAUGGUCAGCCCCUGGGUGAAGCGCCAUGUGCACUGGAAAAUAAGGAUUCGAAAGUGGUCUCCCACUUCUACAUUGGAGGGGAUGGAGGCAGCACAGACAGCGCAGAGGGCCAAGGAGACGUCUCUGUGACGGUGACGAACGUCCUGCUGUACAACCGCCCGUUGAGUUCCGCGGAUAUUACUGCUCUUAACACAAAGCUUUCUAUUUCAAAGCAGAAGGAUCCACAAGCAGUGACGGGGGAUGCUCGUGCACCAGAGGUCAGAGAACCACCUGCGCCGGUAACCGUGCCUCAGACUAAUCUUGGCGCACAAGAGCAGGGCGAACAGGAAUUGUUGAAGACAAGUAAGGUUGCGGAUAGUCACGGUGUAUCCACAUCCACAGUGCUCACUGCCACGACUUCCUCAGGAGAAGAGGGCUCUGUAAACCAGCUGUCGUCAGGAACAUCCUCCGAGGGAACUCAAACUGUUCAUGGCGCUUCUUCGUUUGAUUUUAACCCAACAGUGGGUACUGAAGCUGGAGGUAAAACGCAGGAAGAUGAACCACACAAAACUCCUGCGGGUAAUGUCAACGCAGCAGAUGCAAACGCUCCUACAACUAUGGGCGAGGGGCAAGAUGGACCCGCAGUGAAUCUUGAGGCAAGCGCGCGCUCUGGUGGGAAUGGGGAGACGGCGGAAGAAACAAAUGGGCAGGAGGAAAAGCAGAUCCAUCCACACGACGGUGAAGCCAAUGCUACGGCACUCAGCAGCAGCCUUGGAAAUGUGGCGCAGGGGAAUAACAGCGAUGCUGGCGCCAUGCGUGAGAGCGGACUGCUGCCGCUGCUUCUGCUGUUGGGACUGUGGGGGUUUGCGGCUCUGUGA